GGCCAAGACCGGGUUUGCUCUGAAGCCGAAUGUUCACUUUUGGCUUCAUUCUGGAGUCUUGCCUUGCCUCUCUACGCCCCUGGCCGCCUAUGGCGUCACCUCAGCAGCGUGCACUUUCUGUUGCACAAAUGCUCAAAGCAACCAAGUGAAUCACUCAACAUGGAAGCUCACAGCGCAAGCCAAUCGUUGGCAAGCCACUAGGCGAGGAUCUUGCAAGAGGGAAAACUUCUUUCACAGACAGCAGACGGCUGCUUGCGACGGUGCGGACGUUGUCAUUCGAUGCUUCGACAUGUCCUCACUGUGCUUAAUCUGCAGAAGCAUGCUCGUCGCUUACCCGGCAGCAAGAAGACAGCUGCUCUACAGCGCUUGGCCCGCCACUGCACCGUCUAGACUCCUUACAAGGGAAAAAUCUCAGUCCACUCGAAAAUUGCCUCGAUCGAGAGGGAAGCGAUCCAGCACUGCUUCAAAAGCAAAGUCAAGAGCCAAGGCAAAGGAGACGAGCACAGCGGGUGGCCAAGCCGAAGGCAAUAGAAACGCCAAUAGCAGUGCCGAUAGCAGUGUCAACCUGAGAUCCUCAUCUAACAACGAAGACUCUGCCACGGAUCAUAGUUGUAGUCGCAACGGAUCAGCAAGCAGCGGGACAGCUUUCCCGUCUCGCGCAGAACGUGCAACGUGGCAAGCAGCAGCCGUGGGACAGGCUGCCUCUGAUCGAAACAGCGUGCAGGAUGAAUCCUCACGAGACUGGGCAGCAGUGGGCGGAUCCAAUUGGCUUCUAUUCGAGCAUCUGCCAUUACGGUUUCCAAAGCACUACCCGCCACCGACGCCGCGCAUCAAGGAUGAAAAGCUACGGAGCCUAGCACUCGGCGUCAAUCGAUGGCAGUACGAUGCAGCGUACGGGCCGAUGGGGCGGAGAACUGAGUGUGGCAAAGAGGCAAGGGAGGCAGAUGAUUCUUUCGGAUUCGAGACGAACAAGCGGCUGGAGUACCUUGGCGACGGCGUUCUGGAAGCAAUCACUCGCUCGAUGAUCUAUCGCAAGUUUCCAGAUCUGAGCAACGAAGGCGUCAUCUCCAUCAAGAAUCACCUCGUCUCGAACGACUUGCUGGGCCAUCUCUACGACGUCUGCAAUCUGGACAGCUUACGACAAGACUGCGCGGGUGAGAGCUGGGAACGAGGCUGGAUGAUCCAGCGCCUUUCAUCGUCCCCGUCAGAAUUAUCACCAUCGCCCUCUAAUACUGCUCAGGCGUCAGAAAUAAGUGCGACUAAUUUAGAAGAUUCGAAGGCCAGCCGUUUGCGACCUCGUGGCCCGCCGACCUUGCUACCGCUAUCUCAUAGUGUUAAAGCGGAUCACAUGGAGGCAUACAUUGCAGCAACCGCACUCGACCAAGGUUACAUUACCGUUGCACAGUGGGUGGAAGCUCUGCUCGCACCUUGGAUCCAGCGCGUACAGCUGCAUCCGCGUUUGCAAGAGGAUCGAUUCCUCACAGUUGCUGCCAUCUCGCGCAAACGUGCAGCUGAGGCGAAUCGGGCACCGCGCGAGAUCAGGAACGACAUUGCAAGGCUCGAGCAAGGCAUCGUCACACGCACACUGCGAGCGCUUGGACGACCAAUCAUUCAACGCCUCUUCCCCGAGGUCAAUUUGACAUCGCCAUCGCAGACGAAGGCUGCACCGUCCGAGACAAUACAAGGGAUCAGCGCAAAGAAAGCUCGCGCCCUUGCAAUCAAUGGUAAAAGCUAGCAUGUAAAUUCUCUCUGCAUGAAUGCGGUACAUUU